AUGACCUGCAAUCCUAAUUGGAGAGAGAUUCAGGAAAAUCUAUUAUUUGGUCAACAAGCUUCCGAUCGACCUGAUAUUUGCGCAAGAGUUUUCGAUAUCAAGAAAAAAUAUUUGUUUGAAUCAAUCACGAGACAGCAGUUGUUUGGUGAAGUCCAGGCCCAAGUGCAUUUGAUUGAAUUUCAGAAACGUGGUCUGCCACACAUGCAUUUGUUGGUAACUCUCAAGCAAAAUUGCAAGUUUGUUGACGCGAUGAUCAAAGUAGAUAACUUUCUGUCCGCUGAAAUUCCUGACCCUUGUGAGAAUAAAACUUUGCACGAAAUCGUAAUGAAAAAUAUGAUUCGUGGGCCGUGUGGCGAUUUGAGUACGGUAAAUGGAAAAUAUUCUAAACAUUUCCAUAAAACAUUUCAACCAGAAACUGUUUUAGACGACAGAGACAACUGUUUUAGACGUACAGAGACAAAAAUGUCAGCACGAUGA